CACCACACAACUCGCCAAUCUGCUCCGCUCACACAACCACACCCCUGCUUUUCUGACCUAUCGAUAAAAGCUUGUUUAACUCCGACCAUCUUGGGUGGUGUUUUAUUCUUUGGACUGUCUUAUUUGUCGCUUCUCCUUUUACCCACCGUUCCCGCUUCCGUGUCAACCACGGUACCUACACGCACCCAAACACUCUCAAACCUGUUCCUGCAUACCCCCCCUCCGAAAACCUCUAUCUCCCCCCAGCGUUUCCCUCCUCCAUACCAUCCCUAUACAAUAGCAAUGCCAUCAAGGCCCUCUUCGGUCCCGUCUAUGCCAGGCAUAAAAGCAGAUCAUCACCUUGCCCAGAUGUUGCGCGGCGAGAUUGCAGAGAUGCUUGGAAGGGGGAGGAACCUAAACUUUCCUGGCGCCCAACCUAUCUCCUUUGCCCGCAAGCAUCUCGACGAACUCAAACGCGAAGAUUAUUACCUUUGCGAGAAAUCGGACGGUAUACGUUGUCUACUUUAUUUCACUUUUGAUGGUGACCAUGAGGUCCAUUACCUGAUUGACCGAAAAAAUGAUUACUAUUUUGUCCCCCACCUACACUUCCCCAUGCCUGAUGAUCCUACCUUCCAGAGAUACCAUCGGGAAACAUUGGUCGAUGGAGAGUUGGUCUUGGACGAUGUCGGUGGACCGAAACCGUUGUUGAGAUACCUGAUCUUCGACUGCUUAAUACUUGACAAUAGGCACGUGAUGAAUAGGACCCUAGACAAGAGACUUGCUUAUUUCCGCGAAUAUGUUUACAAUCCUUAUCAGAACCUCAUCCAGAAAUUUCCAAAAGCGUUGGAUGAUUUCCCCUUCCAGGUCGAAUUCAAGAAAAUGGAAUUCUCGUACGCAAUUCGAAUGAUGUUCCACGAUGUCCUGCCGAAUUUACCCCACGGUAAUGAUGGGCUUAUCUUCACUUGCCGAACAUCGCCGUAUAGGUUUGGCACAGAUCAGAACAUCUUAAAAUGGAAACCAGCAGAGGAAAAUUCAAUCGACUUCCGACUGAACCUCGAGUUUCCGCUUAUUUCUCGGGAGGACCUCGAAGACGAUGACGAAGAUGAAUCUGACACAGACUCAAUGACACCUGAUUAUGAUGCGAUGCCCAAGUUCAAUCUUUCGGUCUUUAUGGGUGAGGAGAGGUACGAGAAAUGGGCAGAGAUGUAUGUUACGCCUCAGGAGUGGGAUGAGUUUAAGAGCAUGGGAAAACCUCUCGAUGAGGAAAUUGUUGAGUGCGCGAUGGACGACCAGAACAGAUGGAGGUUCUUGAGAUUAAGAACCGAUAAAAAGGAUGGCAAUCACAUUUCGACAGUUAACAGCGUUAUCGAGAGCAUCAGAGACAGGGUAGGCAAGGAAGAUUUGAUGGGCGCUGCUAAGGAGAUACGAGAUGCUUGGAAGGCUAGACUUCUCGGGAAACAACAGCACUAGGAGUAGCUUUUUUCUUUCUUUCUGAGUCACUGGUUGUUUGUCAAGGAGUGGGAUUCAGCAUUUGCUUUCGUUCCGGUGUUUGGGAUCAGGCCUUUUUGUUUGCUGUUAUGGUUGGGUGUCUUGCAAGGUGUCGUACGGCAAUCGGGUAUUUCGCUAUGGACGGUCUUAUUACGAUAAAUCAUGGGGGUGGGAAUCUGCGUGCGGGUCUGUUCUGAGGCGGCGAUGGCUUUUUGUUUUUAGUAUUCCAUUUCCAUAGAUAAACUCAACCCGGAAGAGUGUUGAUGUCAAAUUGG